UUUGUAACCUGAAAAGCUAAAAUGCAAACACCGGUUUGUUUUGGUUUUCAUAAUUCGUACUUCAUAUGUUAAAGGUGUUGGAAACGAAGAGGCUGUCGUAGGUUUUCUUAUCAGUAACGAAUGACAAAAAUUGGAAAGACUCAUGUCGUCAUGAAUCAGCAGUUUUUUUACUUCGUAUUCUACUCUUUUUACCCGAAAAUGAGCAAAGAUGUUUAGAAAUCUUUUGUAGUAUGAAAGAAAAAAAAUCGGGUCACUGCUGUAUUCUGAUAAAAGGGGUCUCUGAAAUCAUACGAUAACUUAUUGUGUUUAAUAAUAGAUAAAUAAGAAAUAAGUGAUGUUUUUCGUUCGUAUAAUUAUGUCAGAGAAAAUAAGUAACUUUUUUGUUACGUAUCGUCAAUGAAACCCAGUCGCGUAAUCGGUUCACCAAAUGAACGACACAAUGUUUUCGUUGUACACAACAUGAAAAUAAGUUUUUGGAGGAACGAUUAAACAGUACUUCUUAAAGAAGUUGUUACCGAUGUUGUUAAUUUGGACUUAGUGUAAAUCUAUGAACGCAUAGUUUUCAAGCUUUAGGAGCACAAUGAUUGGUGUUCUUGGUGGCGGAAUCAGCGGACUUGCAGCUGCUCAUUAUCUCUUGAAAACAAAAGUUCAGCCAGUUACAGUUCUGGAAGCAUCACAUCGCAUUGGAGGCUGGAUACAAACAACAAAUUCUCCAACUGGAAAUAUAUAUGAACAUGGACCAAGGACAAUCAGAGUCCGAGGUCCUCUGGGAGAGAACACACUUCUCUUGGUAAAGGAACUGGGAUUGUCAAAUAAAGUGUUGCCAAUACCUAGUACACAUCCUGCUGCACGGAAUCGAAUGGUGUAUGUUGACAAGAAGCUACACCUGUUGCCAUCCAACCUUACUUCAAUAUUGCUUCCAAAACCACCUUUCACAAAACCAAUUAUUAGUGCUUUACUGAAGGAUAUUUCCACUGCCAAGAAGGAAGUCAGUGAUGAAAGCAUAUAUGAUUUUGUAGAAAGGAGAUUGGGUAAAGAACUAGCUGAAUUUGCUAUUAGUCCACUAAUUUGUGGUGUGUGUGCUGGAGAUGCAAAAAAGAUAAGUGCAAAGUUUCUGAUGAAAUCAUUGUUUGAAGCAGAACAGAAACAUGGUUCAAUUUUUAAAGGCAUGAUGAUGAAUAUGUUACAGAAUAGGAAGAAUAAAAUGCCUCCAAGUCAGGAUGAACUAUGUGAAAGAGCCAGGAAAGAGAGAUGGAAUGUGUGGUCUUUAGAAGGGGGCAUGGAGGAACUGCCCAAGGCAUUAGAGUCUAAUGUUAGGCAAAAAGGUUGUGAAAUAGUUCUUAAUGCUCCUUGUACAGAAAUGCAUAUACUGAAUGACAAGGAAGUGUUUGUGAAGGCUGGGUCAGUUGAACACAAAUUUAAUCAUGUAUUUUGUGCCUUGCCAGCAUACAAACUUGCUGAACUCGUUCACAGACAGCAUCCUCAACUAAGUAGUGACUUGGCAGCUAUACCAUAUGUUUCUGUUGGACUUGUGAAUUUGCAGUAUGAUGGGAAAUGUUUGAAGCAAGAUGCCUUUGGAUUUCUGGUACCACCAUCACAGAAGCUCCCAAUAUUGGGCAUUGUUUUUGACAGUUGUUGUUUUGGUAAGAAUGAUAAAACUGUUCUCACUGUAAUGAUGGGAGGCGCAUGGUUUGAAGAACUAUUUGGAGAAAAUCCUAGUCCAGAUACUUUCUUAUCCACUGCAGUAAAAUAUACUACAGAUAUCCUUGGUAUUGUAGGGAAACCAGAAUCACACUCUGUUUCUAUCCUUCGGAACUGUAUACCCCAAUAUGUAUUAGGUCACCAUGAUAGAGUAGAUAGAAUUAGGAAGUACAUAAAACAGAAUAACUUACCAAUAUCAGUCAUUGGAGCACCUUAUGAUGGUGUUGGUGUGAAUGAUGUGAUAUUCUCAUCAAAACAAGCUGUUGCUAAUAUGCACUGAAUAACAUUUCAACAGCCACAAGUUUAUUUAUUACCUUUAUAACAUUACUUGUGAAGAAUAUUUCAUUCAUGAUAUCAUGUUUCAUGAGAAUGUUUGAAGUGUAAAAAAAUUUGAGUAGAGAACACUUUGCAGAAUACCUCAUACGUCCGAACAUCAAACAUAUCCCACUUUGGAGUUUUUGUUUGUCAACUCUCAUUUCACUGCUAGGCUGAUUAGUUUCAAAAUGUGUUGUCUUACUCAAACCUUUUGUUAAUUAUUUUUGUACUCUUCAUACUGAUUGAAAUGUAACAUAACAUGACAUAUGCUCAAACCGAAUAUCUGUACAUUUGCUUCAUCUCGCCAUGGAGAAUUUUGAUUAUAAUGUUUCUAAAUGGAACUGUAAUAUUACAAGUCAGUGUUUAUUACCAUUACAAAAACAGUUUUAUUAAGUAUUUUAGAUUUAUACAUUGAUGCAAUUUAGGUUCACUUUUGAUAUACACAUAAUUGAAACUGAAUAGUAGAUGUAUCUCCAUUCAUAAAAGACUGUGCAAUUUGAGUAUGUAAUUGUUGAAUAAAAUCUAUUUAUUUUCUCAGUAAA